GAAGAGGGCAGCCAUUCCUGGACCGUCUGCCUGCGUUGGGUUGUUGGGGAUCUGGGCAAGGACUUGGCGUCCUGGAAGGGCCCUUGUGCUGUGGGAUUGUGGUGGAGAAGAGAGUCCUCUUCCUCAGGCUGCCGGUGGUGGAGCACCAUUCACAGAGGAGGCUGCUGUAAGGAGGCUCCUGUGGCCUCCCUGGAGGCUGACCGGCCCGAGGCAGUUGUGGGAGAGCCACGUCGCUUACAGGGCUGGGCAAGCUGUCCCUGCGGCCUCCGGAGCGGGCAGCGCGAGGAAUAGAGCCUGCGGAGGMAGCUGAGGAGCCUCUGGAGAGCAGGGGCUGCUGGCCAACCUGCUGCACCGAUCCACCAAGGGAGCAGCCCUCGGUCCUCCAAGGGCUCGUGGCUGAUGCUGGGACUGCUCCCCUAGCGCAGGCCAGCGCUUGAAGCUGCGCGGGAGGCGGCCCGCUCGUCCCACCAUGGUGCUGCCGCCACCUGACAAGCGCCACGUGUGUCUCACCACCAUCGUCAUCAUGACCAGCAUGGCCUUCAUGGAUGCCUACCUGGUGGAGCAGAACCAGGGGCCCCGCAAGAUCGGUGUCUGCAUCAUUGUGCUGGUGGGGGACAUCUGCUUCCUCAUCGUGCUGCGCUACGUGGCCGUGUGGGUUGGGGCAGAGGUGAAGACCGCCAAGCGGGGCUAYGCCAUGAUCCUUUGGUUCCUGUACAUCUUUGUGCUGGAGAUCAAGCUCUACUUCAUCUUCCAGAACUACAAAGCUGACAAGAAGAACCUGGAGACGGUGGCCAGGAAAGCCCUGACCUUGCUGCUCUCCAUCUGUGUGCCGGGACUUUACUUGGUGCUGGUGGCCUUGGACAGUAUGGAGUACAUACGGACCUUUCGGAAGAAAGAGGACCUACGGGGGCGUCUCUUCUGGGUGGCCCUCGAUCUGCUGGAUAUCUUGGACAUCCAGGCCAACCUGUGGGAGCCACACAGGACUGGCCUGCCCAUCUGGGCAGAGGGGCUCAUGUUCUUCUACUGCUACAUACUGCUCCUGAUCCUGCCUUGCGUGUCCCUCAGUGAGAUCAGCAUGCAAGGGGAGCACAUCGCCCCACAGAAAAUGAUGCUSUAUCCCGUCCUCAGCUUGGUCACCAUUAACAUUGUCACCAUUUUCAUCCGGGCCAUCAACAUGGUCUUGUUCCAAGACAGCAGGGUCUCCACCAUCUUUAUUGGCAAGAACAUCAUUGCGAUAGCCACCAAGGCGUGCACGUUCCUCGAGUACAAGCGGCAGGUGAAGGAGUUCCCCCAGAACGCCAUCGCCCUGGAGCUCCAGCAGAACUCCCUGUCCCACAACCAGACCAUGCACAGCGCGCAGGGCAUCCCCCACGAGCCCUCACCCACCAGCGAGAUCCUCGACACAUGAUGGCCUGCCCCACAGCCAGCCUUGGUUCAGAUAGCCCCAGGAUAGCAGCUCUGCCGCUGUGCGGGGCGAGCGUGACCCACAGAUCCCGGCAGUGWGGGCUCUUCGAGGCACAAACCACGGACCAUGUUUUAAUUGAGCUACGGAGCGUCCCCUAGACYUCUUCAUCUCAGGUAUAGCCCUAGGAGUCCUCCAGACAAACCAAAUGAACUUGCAAGGGACCUGAACCAGCUAAUCCUCUCCCUCCCUCCCUUUUUCCACCAACUUCUCCCUUCCCAAGCAAGGACCGCUAACGUUGCAAUGUCCCUUUUUACUCCUCGAGCGUCUCCCCUUUGCUCUGAGUCUGGAAUGAAGAUUUUCUUACUGGAGACUGUUUUUAUGGAGCAGGGUUGGGGUGGGUGGGUGGGACRGAGGGUGGUGCGGCUGAACCAGUCAAAUGCUGUGAUUGUCGGUGUCUCUUACUCGGAAUGGUUGUGUUUACACUUUCCUAUUUAUCCGGUCUCCUGUGCCCAGGGGCUGGUUGUGGUUAGGGGCGGAGAGCAGCGCCGGGAGGGCUAGCCCAGCUCCUCGCCCUCGGGGGCCGGUGGUGCGCGCCAGGGGCUCCAGCUCUGCCGGCACUAAUAUCGGACAAGCUGGAGCUAAUCUAAUGCUGGUGUUUUAUGUAUUUCCUUCACUUUGAACAACUCAGCACAAUAUUUCUAUUUUUGGAAGGGUCUCUCGUUCUCUUUCCCUGGUGUUGCAAACCUUCUUGGCACGGCCACCGGCACCGACAGGUCCCAAGGAGAGCUUAGUUACAAGGAUGGCGGCGAUGCGUUUCACUCCAGCAUCGAGCAUUUAUAAAGAGGGCUGCUUUCCA